AGCCCUUUGGGCUCGAGAGCGCCAGCGGCCGCGGCUUUGCAGACAGGGCGGGGGCAGCGCCGCAGGGUGCGGGGGUGCGCGCGGCAGCGGCUCGCUUGCCCCAGGCGGCUGCAACACGUUUGGGCGCGCGGCCGCGUUUGCCGCCCGCUCUGGCACCACUGGGCGGCGCUGGGCGGCAUGCGUGCGCCAGGCGCGGGCCAGCUGUACUGGCCUGGACGGGGCGCCUACCCCGACCCCUGGUCGCAGUGGCACGCGGAGCACGGCUACGGGAGGCCCCUGCACCUUCAGGCCGCCGGCGGUGGCCAUGGCGGCGGCCCGGGCGGCGGCAUGGGCGGCGGCUCGGGGGCGUGCUGCGGCGGCGCGCUGCGGCUGGGCGUGAGCUUGCUGCUGGGCUUCGCGGCGCUGUACGCGCUGCUGGCGCUGCUCGCCAGGCGGCGCGGCGCGCCCGUCGCCUCGCCGCCCGCCCCGCCCGCGCCGCCGCAGAUGCCGCUGCCAGUGCCGCCAGUUCCGCCCGCGGGGCCCGCGCCGGUGCCGGUGCCGACGGCCCCGCCGCCGGUCGCCGCGCGGGGAGGACCAAUAGGUUGGCGAGCCCACGCCGGAGCCCACGCCAGAAGGCACGACGGUCAUGACGCUCACCAACAACGAGUGGGCCGACGGCGUGGUGUUCUGCCGGGGGCCAGUCGAGGGCAGCAUGGCCGAGGUCCACCUGGACAGG